CUCUUGGGGAGCGCCUGCCUGGCCGGGACUCAGCCGAGCAGAAGACGCGCGCUCUCGCUCUCCCACCGCCACGUCGAGAUGGGGCCGGGGCGCGUUCACGUUGCGGGCACACAGCUGUCAGAGUCUCCUGCCAGCCAGAAGAGGCACAGCAACAAGGAGGAGGAGCCUGGGGCCUCGACCCUCUGCAGCUGGACCAAGCGUCUCCUGGGCUUUGAAUGGGCCGAUCUUUCCAGCUGGCACCACUUUGUCUGCUUACUUAACAGGCCGACUGACCCUGCAGCGCUGGGCAUCUUCCGCUUUCUCUUUGGUUUGUUGAUGGCCUUGGACAUUCCCCAGGAGCGAGGCUUGAGCCAGCUGGACCACAAAUACCUGGAUGGGCUGAAGGUGUGCCGCUUCCCCCUCUUCAACUUCCUGGAGCCCCUUCCGCUGGACUGGAUGUACCUUGUCUAUACAGUGAUGCUGCUGGGUGCUUUGGGGAUCAUGUUGGGCUGUUUCUACCGCCUCAGCUGCCUGCUCUUCAUGGUGCCUUACUGGUAUGUCUUCCUCCUGGACAAAACAACAUGGAACAACCACUCCUACCUCUACGGCCUCCUGGGCUUCCAGCUCUUGUUCAUGAACGCAAACCGCUACUGGUCUAUUGAUGGCCUCUGGAAUCCACAGAAGAGAAAUGCGCAUGUUCCGUUGUGGAACUACACACUGUUGCGCACACAGAUCUUCAUUGUGUACUUCAUUGCGGGCAUCAAGAAACUGGAUGCGGAUUGGGUAGAAGGCUACUCCAUGAGCUCCCUUGCUAACCACUGGCUUUUCAGCCCCUUCAGGUUGGUGCUUUCAGAGGAGAUGACCAGCCUGCUGGUAGUGCAUGGCGGGGGUCUCAUGCUGGACUUGACCGCUGGCUACCUGUUGUUUUUCGACGCCACCCGACCCAUUGCUCUUGUAUUUGUCUCCUACUUUCACUGCAUGAACUCCCAGCUCUUCAGCAUUGGUAUGUUCUCCUACACCAUGUUGGCCACCAGCCCCCUUUUCUGCUACCCAGACUGGCCACGCCACCUGAUUGCCAAGUUCCCUGCCUGCUUCCAGAGGCUCCUGCCCCUUUCAGAGGCUCCACAGCCCAGCCAGGAUUGUGUGUACGGAGGAGCAGGGCAGCAGAGGUUAGGCAGAGCAGCCCAGAAGCUGGGGCUGCGGCAGAAACUGGGGGCCAUCUUCACAGUGCUGUAUGUGCUGGAGCAGCUAUUCCUGCCCUACUCCCACUUCAUCACCCAGGGCUAUAACAACUGGACAAAUGGACUCUAUGGCUACUCGUGGGACAUGAUGGUCCAUGCACGCUCCCACCAGCAUGUGAAGAUUACGUACCGUGAUGGUCUCACUGGGGAGAUUGGCUACCUGAAUCCUGGGGUCUUCACCCAGAGUCGACGCUGGAGGGACCACGCAGACAUGCUGAAGCAGUAUGCCACCUGUCUCAGUCAGCUGCUGCACAACUAUAACAUUUCGGAGCCGGAGAUCUACUUUGAUAUUUGGGUCUCGAUCAACGAUCGCUUCCAGCAGAGACUCUUUGAUCCACAUGUGGACAUUGUGAAGGCUGAGUGGUCCCCUUUCCAAAAGACGACAUGGGUGAAGCCUCUGCUGGUUGACCUGUCACCCUGGCGGACAAAGCUACAGGAGAUUGAGGACUCUCUGGACAACCAAACCGAGGUGGUCUUCAUUGCAGACUUCCCAGGCCUGCAUCUGGAAAACUUUGUCAGUGAGGACCUUGGCAACACCAGCCUUCACUUGCUGAAAGGGGAGGUUGCAGUGGAGAUUGUCAACACGCAGAAGAACCACACGCUGCAGGAAGGAGACAGGAUACAGCUGCCGCCGGGGAAAUACCACAAAGUCUUCACAGUGUCCCAGGAACCGUCCUGUUACAUGUACAUGUAUGUCAACACCACAGAGGCGGCUCUUGAGCAGAAUUUCACUCGGCUGCAGGAGUUGCGGGAGAAGGUUCAGAAUGGGACAGAAACAGAGCCCCUUCCUCCGGAGCUACAGCCCAUCUUGGACAGCUCCAUAGACAAUGUGACGCAGGUGGACCCUGUCGUCGAGGCCUUUCUUCGCCGUCAGUGGCGCAUGGAGGAGCUGCAGAAGCGCCGCAAUGCCACACUGGCCGAGCGCUUCCACCGUUUCAUCACCAAGAAGUACUUCGUCUUCCGCAGGAGCCUCCUGAUGACCUGGAUUUCUCUGCGGAACUUGUCGUUGGGCCGCCCAUCCCUGGAGCAGCUGGCACAGGAGGUGGCCUAUGCCAACAUGCAACACGAGGAGGUCCGGACACCUAGCAGUCCAGACACGGUGCCAAAACAGCCAGGGCGUUCUGAACUCUGAGCAGCAGCCGUCUCUACUUCAGGUGCCAGCAGCAGCAGGGAGGCUCUCCCAGUGGGGCCAAAGGAUGGGGAGUUGGUGGAACACUCUGAGCGUGCAAAGGAGCCACUUGCUGGACUGCGUGGCCUGCCCUCUCUCCCUUUUCUGGACUUCUGCUCUUCAGCCAAGGCUCUUGUACUGGCUUGCUGAGACCCAUUGCCCAACUCUACUGGCCUCUGCCACUUGGAGACUGGCACAUUAAUGGGCAGUGCCCCACCAGUGCCCUCCUCCUCCUCAGUCUCAGUGUUGCCUUUUGUAGAUUCAGCAUGGAGGAAGAUGAUGGGGACAAAACCAGCAUUAGUGACAGAGAUUUUCACUAUCCUUUUAAAAACACCCAGAAGAAGCCGCUGUCUUGGUCUAGAAGAGAAAAAAAACUCCCAUAUCCACAAACUGGGCAGCGCAUUUGCAGGACCAGUGAAAAUGCUGCAAAAGAGUGAGCAUGUUUUUGAAGUUUCUAGAGCUGUUCAUGAACCUAGAUGUUAAGCCCAACUAUGAAUGUUGGGAGUUUUCCCAGUGUUGCUACCUGAGAUUAUUUUUCAGCUAAUGUUGGUUGAAGUUGAAGGGGGGGGUGUUGCCAGGCAGUGGGCUGGCUGGGCCUGAUGGGAGAUGUAGUCCAAAAUUUCUGGAAGGGUAUUAGGUUUGGGUGUGGCUGCUCUACCACUUGAGCUCUGGACACGCAGAGUUCCAAUUUCACACAACUGGAAAGGAACUGUGAACCUUCGCUGCUGUCUGGGUAUCUAUUACAGACAGGCUUACGGUAGGAGUCCUCAGGUUUGUCUAACAGCCUUAUAAUUAAGUCUAGAAAACAGAAGGUUGUGGCGAGCUCCAGUGUGACCAAGACAAAAAGUGUUCAAUUUCUAUUAAAAAGUGCAUUUUAUGAA